AUGACAAGACAAGCAGCCAACUUAAGUCGUAAGACAAUAAAAGCUGACUGUUUUCAUUACCGAAUAUUGGUUGGAUGUUUUUGGAUGAUUUUCCAAGCAAACACUCUCGUUAAUGAACAAAGAUUACUUAUUUAUGUUGAAAGUGAAAUCUUCGGAUGUGGGCAAAAUUCAACGUGGAAAUGUUUGGGAAACUUUCUUUCUUCAUUGACGACGGCUAAACAUGGAUAUCUAUGUUAUGUACAAUUGACUUAUGUUUACACUUCAGCUUUUCAAUCAACAACUAUACAUGUUGCCGCUUCUUCAGUUAUGACCAUUAAUAUGUUAGGAAAUCGAAGAUCACAUCGUUGGGAGAGUCUAAAGUUGACAUUAUCAUUCACUUUACUCGCAAUCAUAACCGUGCCUCUCGAUACACAACAAACAAAAGUUAUUUUUGUUUACUCAAAACAUUAA